AUGACCGCGGAGGCCCGGCUGGCGGCCAAGCGCGCGGCCCGCGCCGAAGCCCGCGAGAUCCGCAUGAAGGAGCUGGAGCGGCAGCAGAAGGAGGAGGACAGCGAGCGCUGCUCCCGCCGGCCCCGGAGGAGCACCUCGGCGUCUGACGAAGACGAGCGUGCGUCGGUGGGCAGCCGCGGAAGCCGGAGGACAAAUGGCUAUGACGGAGACCUCCAGGCCCCGAGCAGGAGAUCUGGCAGGCCCUCGGAGCACGGCGGCCACCUCAACUCCAGCUCCCGGGCCUCCUCCAGGGCCAGCUCGGCACGGGCCAGCCCCGUGGUGGAAGAGAGACCGGAGAAGGAUUUCACCGAGAAGGGGCCUCGGAGCCUGCCAGGCUUGUCCGCCGCCGCCCUGGCCUCACUGGGUGGCACGUCCUCCCGGAGGGGCAGCGGCGACACCUCCCUCUCCGUGGACACCGAGGCGUCCCUCCGAGAGAUGAAGGAGCUCUCUGAGCUGAAGGACCAGAUUCAGGACGUAGAAGGCAAAUACAUGCAGGGCCUGAAAGAGAUGAAGGACUCGCUCGCGGAGGCCGAGGAGAAGUACAGGAAGGCCAUGGUCUCCAACGCGCAGCUGGACAACGAGAAGACACUCUUCAUGUACCAGGUGGACACGCUCAAGGACACGCUGCUGGAGCUGGAAGAGCAGCUGGCGGAGAGCCGGCGGCAGUGCGAGGAGAAGGGCAAGGAGUUCGAGAGGGAGCGGCAUGCCCACAGCGUGCUGCAGUUCCAGUUCGCCGAGGUGAAGGAGGCCCUGAGGCAGAGAGAAGAGAUGCUCGAGGCUCUAGAGAGGCAGAAAGAGUUCUUUGAUUCCGUGAGGAGUGAACGAGAUGACCUUAGAGAAGAAGUAGUCACGCUGAAAGAGGCGUUGAAGAAACACGGAAUCAUCUUCAAUCCAGAAGUCGCUGCCAAUGGGGAGACUCCCCACGCCCUGAACAGCACGGGGCUCGCGGCUCCCACCAAGAUGACCAAGGAGGAGCUGAACGCCCUCACGGCGACCGGGCCCGGUGCCCUCGGAAAAGCCAAUGUGGGGAAAGGCGAGAUCUUGCAGAACACUGAGCAAGAGCAGCACAAGGAGGACCCAAGGCAGGCCAGCAUGCUCGAUCGGGGGCUGCAUGCUGGGAGCCAGGCCGAGCACCCGCGAGCCUCUGGAGACAGCGCCCCCACCCCUGGAGCCGCGGUGGACGCCCCGCGUGGGGGGCCAGUCCCAGAAAGCGUUUGCCUCCCGGAGCGCGUGGGGCAGGCCGGGUCGGGCGAGGCCACAGGCACACUGGGCGCCGACCCUGGGGCUGCUGCACAGCGACCCAGAGGCUUGAGUGAAUCAGACAGCGAGGCCCCAGGCCCCGUGACCCCACAGGGCAGUCACCAGGCCCCAAACAUCAAACUCCAAAGAGAUGAAUCCUCAGGGGAGCGGGACCACGGAGAGCAAGACUUGAAUGGCAGCCAGGGGGCGGCUAGCGUGCAGGCGGGCCUGGAAGCUGCUUCUCAGCAGGGGCCCGGAGCUGGAUGUGAGAAGCCCAGCGCGGGCCGAGCAGAGGCACAGGGAACUGGAUUCGGCCAGCGAGUGGACGCAGAGGCCUCAGGGGCUCCGGAGGACAGGGCUGGCCCUGUGCCUUGUGGUGAAGAGCUGGCCCCCAGCACUGGGCUUGGCGUGGUUGAAGAACGUGCUGACCAGGAGGCGGCUGAGCCCGAGGCUGGCCCGGUUCAGAGCUCAGAAGGAGGCAGGGAGGGGGGCAAAGGGGAGGAUGAAGACGGAGAGCCGAGGGCCGAGCGGCCGGUCCCCGGGGAAGGCCAGGCCGCUCCGGGCUCUCCCUCCGCGGCAAGCCGUCCUGAGGCAGCAGGUGCCGACCCCGACCCGCAGGAGAGGAGGGGAGAAGAGAAGGCCCUGGAGGCGUCCCCAAAGAAGGCGAAGAACAGGAAAAAGAAAAACAAGAAGAAAAAGCCCCCGGCGCCCCUAGAGCCCCCUAAAGAUGCCGAGGAGGAGCUGACCUCGCAGAGCGCGGAUUUCAGUGAGGAAAAGGAGGAGCAGGCCCCGCCCACGGGCGGCGAGUCAGCAGAGGAAGCGCAGGACGAGGCGGCCGAGAGCCCCGGACAGGGCAUCGCCACGGGGAGCAGCCGCCACGUUGGCUGUCCAGAAAACCCCACUGAGCCGGCCGGGGCGCCGCGCCAGGAGGAGGAUGGCGCGGACGCGCGGGCUGGCGGAGACGCCUCGGCGACUGCAGACAGCUCGGUCCCGCCGGCAGGCCCCUGUGCCGCAGAUGAGGCUGUCCAGGGAGGUGUGAGGGAAGAUCUCGGCGACCAGGAUGGCAGCCCCCGGAGCCGUGCAGCAGCCCCAGGGGUGGGGGAAGAGGCCGGCAGUGGCCAGCAGGACCACGGAAGCCCCGUGAGGGGCCGCCAGGACGCCGCCCCGGCAGAGAGCACCGAGGGGCCUGUGGCGCCUGGGUGUCCGAGUCAGGGGGCCGAGAAGGGCUUGGAGAGCGACGCGCUGGCCCCGGACGGAGAGCUGGGGGACUUGGAUGCCGAGAGCACAGGGGGCACCAGUGCAGGGGGCGGCACGGGCAGAGGCAAGGAGGACUGUGCCUUGCCUCGGCCCCCCUCUGGACACCAAAGACCGUUGUUCCACGACAUCCCUUCAGGAAGCUCCUCCGGGCUCCCCGCCACCCUGGCUGAGCUCCUCCCCAGCCCCGUGUGUGGCCUCAUUCGCUGUGAUAUUAGGUUGAAAAAGCUGGUCGAGGAACGGGAGCACUUACUGGAACAGGUCAGGAAGCUAAAGGGGCAGCUGGAAGAGGGACAGAAGAACAGCCAGCCGCACCGCGCGCUCCCGGGCGAGGCCGUCCUGGAGAACGGGACGGACGUGCACGUCGUGGACCUGCAAAGGGAUGCCAACAGACAGAUCAGCGACCUCAAAUUUAAACUUGCAAAAUCCGAGCAAGAGAUAGCUGCAUUAGAACAAAAUGUGAUGAGGUUAGAGAGCCAGGUGUCGCGGUAUAAAUCGGCUGCUGAAAGCGCGGAGAAGAUAGAGGAUGAGCUCAAGGCUGAAAAACGGAAACUCCAAAGAGAGCUCCGCUCUGCGCUGGACAAGACAGAAGAGCUGGAGGUGAGCAACGGCCACUUGGUGAAGCGUCUGGAGAAGAUGAAAGCCAACCGGAGCGCCCUCCUGUCCCAGCAGUGAUGCCCGGGACGGGACGGGAUGGAGCGGGCGCGGCACCUACAGCGCUGUCCCCUGCGCUCUGCCUGGUGCCUGCCGCUGGGAUGCCCAGGCGCACCUGCUGCCCAGUGGCUCUCCCGGAGCCCCAGCCGCGCCAGAGGCCAGCACCCGGACCGGACGCCACGCCAAAACGGCCGUGUUUCCAUAAGCACAUGGGCCCGCGGCCCCGCAGCACAGAGCCCGGGGGCCGGAGCGGUCAAAGCUAAGGAUAAGGGGACUUGAGUUUCUUUUCACGUGUCUUGCUGAAGUUACGGGGAAUGUGUCAGUGUCGGGACUUCCGUUAGUGGCGGCAUCGGCCACUCGAGCGGCUGCGGUAGUGUCUCUUAGUCUGCGCUUUUCACACACAAAACACUGUGGAAUCACAAGCCAUUUCCAAGCAGGACUCCUUACGGCAACAGGGGGUGGUCUACAAGCAAAAGUGACCUUAAGAAGACUCUACAGGCAACAAACGAAGCUUUUCUAAGGGAUUUUUGCAUCUGUUCAGUCAUACGAAUCCUUUUUUCCAGGGUAAUUAGGCAAUAGCUUCACCGAUGAUGACAGCUUUUCAUUUGCGUUAUUUAAUCCUUAUAUUUGAAAUCGAAGUUGUUAACUUCUUUUAAAGAAUGUACUAUUAGAAAAAUAAAAAAAAAAUGAAAUGUUAAGAGACAUUAAUGGUGGUGCUUUAU